CGGGCUGCUGGUCGCCGGCUCGCGGCUGCCGCGCGUGCGAAGCCAGGUCGGCGUGUGCCGCGCAGGACUCCCCGGGUGGGGGGCGCAGCGGCUGAGCUCGGCCGGCCCUGGGAACUCCGAAGUCAUGGCGGGCACGGCGGUGAAAUACCUGAGCCAGGAGGAGGCGCAGGCCGUGGACCAGGAGCUAUUUAACGAGUACCAGUUCAGCGUGGACCAACUCAUGGAGCUGGCCGGCCUGAGCUGCGCCACGGCCAUCGCGAAGGCGUAUCCCGCCGCGGCCAUGUCCAAGAGCCCCCCUGCUGUCCUGGUCGUCUGUGGCCCGGGGAAUAACGGCGGAGAUGGGCUGGUCUGUGCCCGACACCUCAAACUCUUCGGUUACCAGCCAACCAUCCAUUACCCCAAGAGGCCUAACAAACCGCUCUUCACUGCACUCGUGACGCAGUGUCAGAAAAUGGACAUCCCUUUCCUCAGUGAAAUGCCCUCAGAGCCCAUGAUGAUUGAUGAGCUGUAUGAGCUGGUGGUCGAUGCCAUCUUUGGCUUCAGCUUCAAAGGCGAUGUUCGUGAGCCAUUCCGCAGCAUCCUGAGUGUCCUGAAUGAACUCACUGUGCCCAUUGCCAGCAUCGACAUUCCCUCAGGAUGGGAUGUGGAGAAAGGAAACUCUGGAGGGAUCCAGCCAGAUAUGCUCAUCUCCUUGACGGCACCCAAAAAGUCUGCAACCCAGUUUACUGGUCGCUACCAUUACUUGGGGGGUCGCUUUGUACCACCUGCCCUAGAAAAGAAGUACCAGCUGAACCUGCCGCCCUACCCUGACACUGAAUGUGUCUAUCGUCUGCAGUGAGGGAGGCAGGCCUGGAGCAGCAUCUCGUCAGUCAGACUGUGGGGGCACAAGAAGAGUUACACCCAGAUCUGGUAGGAGGACUCGGCCUCUCCUCCCCUCCAGAACAUUUCUUCAAUACUGAGUUUUUGUUCAAGACCUGGCACUUUUUAAGGUGCUAUAGAUAGAAAGAUUACUGGAACCUAAUUUACUUAUCCCACCCCCAGCCCAGUCAAGCAUCAGACUUGCCCUUUCACUUAUGAUCAAGGGCAUCUCCUCCCACAUGGCCCAGUGCUAAGAGAAGGCUCACAUCUUUGGAGGCGUGGGCCCCUGCUUGUCGUCAUCAGUGCAGCUCUCCAAGUCUCUGUCUGGUUUCUCUUCACCUGAAGUCAGCGUGGCUGUCUAGAGAGGGGAUCAAAUGGGGGCCAUAGGUGUGGACAAGGCCCACUCACCACACUCACAUCCAUCUUCCCCUGUGGAAGCCCACCAGGAAUUCAUAGCCCUAGGCAGGAACCUGCCAGCCAACACUAUUCCUUGCAGAGCCAGAGAGAGCUGCAGCAGCCUGCUUGCUUCAUCCUGAGUUGGGGGUGGGCUGCAGAGCCAGGAGGCGGAGCAGCCUUGCCUCUGGCUCACAGCUGGCUGGCGGGCACAAGCAGGGAAGUGUUGUGGGUCACCAGGUCCUCCCAGUGGUGCUGUAACUGACAAUAAAAGUGGCACUGUACAUGCCACCCAAUACCUA